GGGUGCUGGAGGGGCGGUCUCGAAGGCUCCUAGGGGCCCCGCUCCCUGAUUGGCUUCUCGGUCCAGACACACGGCCUGCACGCUGAAUGGCUGCGCGGCUACCUGUCUCGAGCUCCGAUUGGAUGCGUGGCGCCUCCCCUGAGUGAUAGGUCAGGACCACCGCCCCCCUGGCUCCCCAUUGGCUGCUCGGCGAAGCCCGGUCUCCGGGUAAGAUGGCAGCGGACGGACAGUGCUCGCUCCCCGCUUCAUGGCGGCCGGUGACCCUCACCCACGUCGAAUAUCCUGCAGGUGAUCUCUCCGGCCACCUCCUUGCCUACCUGAGCCUCGGCCCUGUGUUCGUCAUCGUCGGCUUUGUGACGCUCAUCAUCUUCAAGCGGGAGCUGCACACGAUCUCUUUCCUCGGGGGCCUGGGACUGAACGAGGGAGUCAACUGGCUGAUCAAACACGUCAUCCAGGAGCCACGGCCCUGCGGAGGCCCCCACGCAGCCGUGGGCACUAAGUACGGGAUGCCCUCGAGCCAUUCCCAGUUCAUGUGGUUCUUCUCUGUCUACUCCUUCCUCUUCCUGUAUUUAAGAAUGCACCAGACAAAUAACGCCAGGUUCCUAGAUUUGCUGUGGAGGCACGUGCUGUCCCUGGGGCUCCUCACCGCGGCCUUUCUGGUCUCCUACAGCAGGGUCUACCUGUUGUACCACACCUGGAGCCAGGUGCUGUAUGGGGGCGUCGCUGGAAGCCUCAUGGCCGUCGCCUGGUUCAUCUUCACCCAGGAGGUCCUCACCCCACUGUUCCCCAGGAUAGCAGCCUGGCCUAUCUCUGAGUUCCUCCUGAUCCGGGACACGAGCCUCAUCCCCAACGUGCUCUGGUUUGAAUACACAGUGACCCGAGCAGAAGCCAGGAACAGACAGCGCAAGCUGGGGACGAAGCUGCAGUGACUGGUGGGCGUGGCUGGGUCCAGCCUCCACAUCUGGGCUGCGUGACGCCUUGCAGGGUGGACAGCAUGACAGACAGAGGGACGAAGCAGAGACCUCUACAGACCCAAGUCACCAAGCGGAGCCUUUUUGUUUCCUUCUUUUCAUUUUAAUGGACCAGGUGGACCAAAGGGCUGAGCCAGCCCCUCAGGCAGGACCCUGGGAGGGCCUGCUGCCCAGGGCCACGUGGCCAGAGACCCUCGCUGUCUCUGCCAGUCCCCGGCAGGGUGGAGCGCGCCCUUGGCACGGGCACCAGGGUGUGGGGAGAGCGGGGGCUUGCGCCUCUGGGCUUGGGACCAGGAGCUCCAAGGGGCGUGAGAUGCGCGCACUAUUUAUUGUUUGUCAAAGGCAGGAGGGGUCUGGAGAGGGGCCGGGAGAGCCGGCGCGGCGGCUCCCGUGUGCAGGGCGGCCUCCCGCCGCCUGUCCCAGGACCUCUCAGUGUUUCCGAAGGGGCAGGGCUGGAGCAAGCAUGCGGCUGGCCUCAUUGUGUUGUUCCCGGCCCCGCCCCACACCACAAGGGCUUCCUCUGGUCCCCUGUCCCCACGACAACUGUCCCUUUCAGACGAAAGAGCCUGCACAUGUGGGUGCGCACACCCAGGCUGUUUACAGCUCUUUCUGUCCCACGGUAGCAGUCAGUCCCCAGCCGGCUUGAACAAGCACCAGGGGCCAGAGCCGGCCGAGCCCACCUUCCCUGUGUGUGCGCGAACUGUCCUGGUCCCCACCCGGGGACCUGUUUGGGACCACCCUCGGGCCUGGGGCCUUGGGCUCAGGAGGACAUCUGAGGGACCUGUAGGUCACUGCAGCGCUGUGGGCAGAUGCGCGCAGACUCCCGAAGUGUCCAGAACUGUGCCCGCCCCACGGACCUGUGUCUGACACCCCCUUUUCUUUGUGGAGGUUUCUAACCUGCUGCUGAAGCACAAUUUUUUGGUGCUUUCUUUUCUCAUUCAUUUAAGGCAGUGUCCAAAGCCAUUCUAGAUGCCCGGACCAGGGCUGACUUCUAGAAGGUAGGUCAGUGCCCACGUUUCCCUCCUCUCCCCUUAGGAUUUUUAUUUUGUACUUUUUUGCCUGAGAUAAGCCAAGUGUGAGGUGGUUUGAUUUCAGAAAAAAACAAAACAAAACAAAACAAAAAAAAAAAACCAAUGAAAUUGUUUACUAUUGUUUUAAAAUAAAAUCUUAAACUCUGGUGGCUGGAGCAUGUGCCGACUGAGCUCGAGAGGCUUUGGGGACAUGUGCCCCCUGGACAGGGGUACGGUUGAGACCAUAAAAUUAUAAGCAUCUCUGCAAGGUAUUUAGUCCCAGCUGGGUGUGGUGCUGUACACGCGUAAUUUCAAAACUCUGGGAGGCUGAGGCAGGAGGAUUAUAAAUUCAAGC